AUGCAGACCAAGAUCUUUCUUCUCGUCGCUCUCGCGGCUCUGACCGAAGCUCGCUUUGGCCAGGAAGGUUCUGUACAAAACAUUAUCCAAGGACUUGGCGCCUUUGGCAACCCCGGGGCCGCCGGCACUCUCGCUGGUCAAACCCCUGGUGUCCUUCUUGCAGGUGCUAGCGCUUGUGCCCAGCUUGAGCUCGCUGACCAGAUCGUGGCUGAGCUCGGGACCGACCCUGAGGUUAUUGCGGCUGCUGCAGCCCUGGUUGCUGCCGAAAAGAACUUCAAUCCUUUCGCCCAAGACACCCCAAACCUCUGUAGUGACGCCAGCCUUCCGGCCACGCCUGAGCUCCGUGGUAUCAUCCCGGCUGUUGACCCGGCCGUUGACGGGGCCGAUGUUCAGAAUGCUAACUCUGCUACAUCGCUGGCAACGCCUUUUGAUGCCACCGGCCUGAGUGUUGCGGAGGUCUCGAGGGCCCAGGGGUUCGAGAACUUCAACGACCAGGCGGCUUAG